GACGCGCCGGCGCGCCGGCCUUAAAAACGGCUUUGUGGGCCGGAACUCUCAUAACUGCUCCGACCUCUGAGUGCGGCGUUUUCUUCUUCUGGACAUCGGCGCCUCCGUGGACACGCACGUCCUGCGUGGCCUCUGUGCGCACCUUAGCCGAGCCUAGCAGAACGGAGCCCAACCUUUCCAAGCUGUUCGCCAUGGUGGACGAGCUGGUCCUGCUGCUGCACGCUCUCCUGGUGCGCCACCGUGCCCUGAGCAUCGAGAACAGUCAGCUCAUGGAACAGCUGCGGCUGCUGGUCUGCGAGAGGGCCACCCUGCUGCGCCAGGUACGUCCGCCGAGCUGCCCGGUGCCUUUCCCCGAGACGUUUAGCGGCGAGAGCUCGCGUCUUCCCGAGUUUAUCGUGCAGACGACGUCUUACAUGCUCGUCAACGAGAACCGGUUCUGCAACGACGCCAUGAAAGUGGCAUUCCUAAUCAGCCUGCUCACCGGGGAAGCUGAGGAGUGGGUGGUGCCCUACAUUGAGAUGGAUAGCCCCAUCCUGAGUGAUUACCAGGCCUUCCUCGAAGAGCUGAAACAGUGCUUUGGCUGGGAUGAGGAAGAAGAAGGUGAAGAAGAAGGCGAAGAAGAAGGCGAAGGAGAAGGCGAAGGAGAAGGCGAAGGAGAAGGCGAAGGAGAAGGCGAAGAGGAGGAAGAGUAUGGUUACUAGGCCUGGAGACCCUCUGGCCUAGGGGGUUGGGCCCUGCACGCGGCCACCCUGAGCCCCCCAUCCUGCUCCGCCCCUCCCACAGCUCCUUGCUUCUCCUAGCCCCCCGACCUUCUUCCCUGCCUCUGCCCUCCGGUUCUUUCCCUUCACUUCCUGUAGUGCUUGUCUUUGUUCCAAGAACUGUGCUCCAGUUACCUGCUGCAGGGACCGGGACUUAUCUCUGAAGCUCGCUGCCAUCCACUCUGGCCAGCCCCAGGACGCACCCCUGCUACUUUGGACUGUGUACCAAGCCCCAGCUGGUCAGACAGUGUGCAGCCCUGCCAACUGCCAGGCCUACAUCUGCCCAGAGACCUGCGCUGCCUCUACUCCACCGUCCACUACGUUCCAGCAACGGACCACCACCGCCUUUGGAGAUGAGGACCAGCCUAGAAGAUGCCUGCAUUGGCUGCACCUCCUUGGACAUUGAUAUGGACAUCUCACCAACCCCUGAAGGGGGGCCAGUCUUUCAACCUGGUUAGUUUCAUGCCUAUUCCCAGAGUGCCCCCUCCCCCACCACAUAGCUGCAGGGGCCUAGUGUUCCUGGCAGCCAAAUUGUCGACAUUCUUUUCUACUAUGCACCAGUUUUACAUAGCUGUCAUUUUUUUGUUUAACAAUUGCAGAAGUCACACAGAUGUGUGCAUUUGGACAAAAAUACUAAAAACAAACAAAAACAGGCAUUCAGCCCAGCUUCUCAAUACAAUCUGGAAAACGCAUUUGAGUUCUUUUCAAUAAAUAUC